CAAUGUGCAGGCCUGACUAUCACAUCCAGUUAUUUUAAUACAACGCCUCUAAUCCCAGCACUCGGGGAGGCAGAGGCAGGCCGAUCUCUGUGAGUUCGAGGACAGCCAAGGCUACACAGAGAAACCCUGUCCGCGAAAAGAAAGGAAGAAAGCAACUGAAAAUCUCUAUCCUUGAGAUUUGGGGAGAUCUUUCUCAUUCUCGCUUCAGAUCUUCCCGAAGACCCCAAAAUGACUUCUCCGUGCUCUUUGCCCCUAAAACCCACAAUCCCCCCAAUAAUUCAAGAGACCCAAGACCCCAGCGCUCUGCCUCCUUUACCCCCAAGUCCCCUGGACUUAGCUUUGUCACCCCCUGCCUGUGGUCCCCAGGCUUCUGUCCCAACCCUACCCCCUCCCCCACCCCCUUCCUCUCCCCCUCCCCCGCCAUCUCCCCCUCCCCCCUCUGCCCUGGAGGCUGGUCUCCCUCGCGUCUACGGCCUGGAGAGCAGCCGGCUCCUGAAGGAGGCCUUGGAGAAGGCUGGCCCAGUCCCCAAAGGCAAAGAAGAUGUGAAGAGGCUCCUGAAGCUGCAACGAGACCGGUUUCGAAGUGACUUGCAAUGGGUCCUCUUCUGUGCUGACCUGCCAUCACUCAUCCAAGAAGGCCCUCAGUGUGGACUGGUGGCCUUGUGGAUGGCAGGAGCUCUCCUGUCCACCCCCGGCAGUGUCUCUCUGGAAAGACUGGUGCAGGUGGCCAUGGAAAGAGGCUACACAGCGCAGGGAGAGAUGUUCUCUGUGGCUGACAUGGCCAAACUGGCCCAGGAAACUUUGGGCUGCCAGGCUGAGGUCCUCUUUGGUGGCCUGGGUGGUCCCAACAGAGAUCGGGUGCUGCAACACCUCAUCACCGGACAUCCCCUGCUCAUCCCCUAUGAUGAGGAUUUCAACCACGAGCCGUGUCAGAGGAAAGGCCAUAAGGCACACUGGGCAGUGAGCGCAGGGGUCCUGAUAGGUGUGCAGAGUGUGCCAAGCCCUGGCUACAUUGAAGACUCUGAGUUGCCAGGCCUCUUCCACCCAGUACCUGGGGCACCCCACCAACCACCAUCCUUCCCAGAGGACAGCUCCCCAGGUGCCAUCUAUCUUCUCUCCAAGCAGGGCAAGAGUUGGCAUUACCAGCUGUGGGACUACAACCAAGUCCGGGACAGCAACCUGCAGCUGACAGACUUCUCACCUGCCAGGGCCGCUGAUGGGCGGGUGUAUGUGGUGCCUGCCGGUGGGGUACAGGCUGGCCUCUGUGGCCAGGCGCUGUUGCUCAGACCACAGGAGCAGAGUCAUUGAACUUGUCUCCAUCACCAUUGGAGUGCCUCAACUU